CGCUCUGGCCCCGCACUUCCGCUUCCCUAGUCCGCGUUGCCGGAAGCGAUGUCGCUGGGUGACAGUUUCCAUGGAGAUGGAAGAUGGCGCCCAGAAGCCGCCAGCUCUCCUCUACACCGCUGGAAAUCCUGCUCUUCCUCAAUGGAUGGUAUUAUGCCACUUACUUCCUCCUGGAGAUCUUCAUAUUCGUCUAUAAAGGGCUGCUGUUACCAUACCCCUCUGCCAACUUGGCCCUGGAUCUGGUCAUGCUCUUCCUCUACCUCGGCAUUGAAGUCACUCGGAUAUUUUUUGGCUCCAAGGGGAACCUGUGCCAGCGGAAGGUGCCGCUCUCCAUCAGCCUGGCCUUGACAUUCCCAGCGGCAGUGAUGGCGGCCUAUUACCUGCUCCUGCAGACCUACGCCCUCCGGCUGGAGGCCAUCCUCAAUGCCAUCCUGCUGCUCUUCUAUGCCGUCGAGCUGCUCCUGGGCAUCCUCACCCUGGCCUCCUUCUCCAGGGUGGACUCAUAUUAAGGCUCCAUCCAGCCUGUUCCAGGCCAGACAAGGCGACGCGUUGCCCCAGCGCCUGGGACUGAGGCCACACAUUCCCUCCCUCCACGACUGGUCUGAUGGCGGCGUCUCAGCCCCUCACAGCAGAGCUAGACCCAGCCACAGCCUCGUUCCACAUCAGCCCCUCCUGGGCAGGAAGCCACCACUGGCGUGCCCAGCAACUUGGAGAGAGACUUUAACUCGCAUCCCAGACCUGGCGCCUCAUGAAGCAGCCAUUCCGUGUGCCCAGGCAUCACUCACCCGCUGCAGGCACCGCCCUCCCCUGCCUGCUGUGCAGUGGGGGAGAGGAGGGGGGGGUAAGAGGGGGAGAGGCUGCUGGGAGCUGACAUGGAUCCCAUUCCGGCCCCUACAGCCAGGGCUUAGAGUUUGUCCGAGCCCACGCAUACAAGGCCAGGUGGCCCCUGGCCCAGACCACACCCCCAUGGAUCAUGCCUGCACCUUCUGUGUCCUCCCAUUUCAGCACGGGGGUGGAGGGGCAGACACCCAGGGCCCCCCUUGUAAGUAUUAAUAAGCUCCUGUCUAUCGCAUGUGUGACUGAUUGAGAGGUGCUUCCACCCGCUCCCCCAGAUUCAGUGUUAUUUGCUGUAGCAGUGACUCGUGGCACUUUUCCCCCUCCUCUCGCAUCCUCCAAAUCAAUACUAUUUUCCAAUAAAUAUUUAUUUUUCUGCUA